AUCGGCAGCGUGUUCUUAGAGGGACGUAUUUGCCGUUGCACUGUUGUUGUCAAAAUUUGUCCAGUCGUACAUGUCGAAGCUGUCUGCUGAAUAAAUACAAUUUACAGAAUGACAGAUGGUCCAGAAACGCCGCCUAACUAUGAGGAGCAGUUUGCCCACCGGUUUUCUCUCGAGGACGCAGAGUACCAGCAGUACGUGAGUCGCCCCGCCAACCCCCCGCCACUGGUAGAGGACUGGUGCGGGCGUGGAGGUGGAAACAACCGGGGCAGGGACAACAGAUCCCAGGACCGUGGCGGGUACAGGGGCCGGGGUUGGGGAGGGGACAGGGACCGCGGGGAGACAGGGACCGCGGGGGGACAGGGACCGCGGAGGGGAAGGGACCGCGGGGGAGACAGGCGUUACGGCCAGGGUGGUGGUGGGCAUCAGUCUGGAAGAUACAACUCCUACAACCAGAGACCAUCACAUUACGACCGCUACUGAACUCCUCUUACUGUGGAGUGACCCCAUUCACUCACCCCAGGGCUCCCCAACCCUGUUCCUGGAGAGAGACCCUCCUGUAUGUUUAAAAUCCAACCCUGUUCCUGUGU